AUCUUAAAGGACAAACCUUUUUUUGAUCUUAUCUCUCUCUCUCUCACGAAGUGGUUGAGACUGUUGCCAUAAAUAAAUAAAAGCUCUCUCUCUCUCAGAUUGAUUGUUUGGUGGGUUCGACGAAAGCUUUCAUCUUUUGCAAAAAUGGCGUCUCUUUUAGGCAGAUUCUGCCGGAAACUAGUUGUUCCGGGCUCAGCUCACGGAUCACGGAUGACUUCCACGACGGCGUGUGGUUCAGAAACCGUGAAGUCGUUGAAUCUAUACUCAGCUAUCAACCAAGCUCUUCACAUCGCCUUGGAAACCGAUCCUCGCUCUUAUGUAUUUGGGGAAGAUGUUGGCUUUGGUGGAGUCUUUCGCUGCACAACAGGAUUAGCUGAACGCUUCGGGAAGAACCGUGUCUUCAACACUCCUCUUUGUGAGCAAGGCAUUGUUGGAUUUGGUAUUGGUCUAGCAGCGAUGGGAAACCGAGCAGUUGUAGAAAUUCAAUUUGCAGACUAUAUUUAUCCUGCUUUUGAUCAGAUCGUUAAUGAAGCUGCAAAGUUCAGAUACCGAAGUGGUAACCAGUUCAACUGUGGAGGACUUACGAUAAGAGCACCGUAUGGGGCGGUUGGUCAUGGUGGACAUUACCAUUCACAAUCACCUGAGGCUUUCUUCUGCCAUGUCCCUGGUAUUAAGGUUGUUAUCCCUCGGAGUCCACGAGAAGCCAAGGGGCUGUUGUUGUCCUCUAUCCGUGAUCCAAAUCCUGUUGUCUUCUUUGAACCAAAGUGGCUGUAUCGUCAAGCAGUAGAAGAAGUUCCAGAGCAUGACUAUAUGAUACCUUUAUCACAGGCCGAGGUUAUUAGAGAAGGCAGUGACAUAACACUUGUUGGAUGGGGAGCUCAGCUUACCGUUAUGGAACAAGCUUGUCUGGACGCAGAAAAGGAAGGAAUAUCAUGUGAACUGAUAGAUCUCAAGACUCUGUUGCCUUGGGACAAAGAAACAGUUGAGGCCUCGGUUAAAAAGACUGGCAGGCUUCUUAUAAGUCAUGAAGCUCCAAUCACAGGAGGUUUUGGAGCAGAGAUCUCUGCAACAAUCCUCGAACGUUGCUUCUUGAAGUUAGAAGCUCCAGUAAGCAGAGUUUGUGGUCUGGACACACCAUUCCCUCUUGUGUUUGAGCCAUUCUACAUGCCCACCAAGAACAAGAUAUUGAAUGCAAUCAAGUCGACUGUCAAUUACUAGCCAUUCAAUCUGUUUCUUCAGAAAACUUGAAGAACUAUAGUUUGUUGUUUUACAUUAUGUAUUAUGUAGCUAUUUUAUGUGGUACCCAUAUUAUAUGAAAAACUGAUAAGCAAUAAAAUUCCUAAGAGCAUCUGAAGCCA